AUGUAUAAUCAAGGCAACCUGAAGGGCUUGCGCCGCCUGUUGGGCAGGCCGGCCAACGACUCGACCGCCACCGACAACAAUCUGGGCCCGAGUGGUUCACCAAUUGUCCCUUCAUACCGGCCGAGCGCAUCUCAAGAUGCCGACUACGCGACAAGUGGGCCGAUCGCGUGCAUAGACAAAUCGCCCGAUGGCCAAUUCGCCGUUCUCGGCGGGCGGCAUGUUCUAAAGACAAUCCAGGUGGAUGGAUCAAGCGUGAAAGAGGGCAUUGAUGUCCGCGCAACCAUCACUGCGCAACCGACUGCCAAGGGGACCGCAUCGACUACAAAUUCAGACCAAUUGUCAAUUAAGGAUGUCAAAUGGGCUACGAAUGCCAGUGGAGAGCCGACAAUCUUUACGGCUUGCGCCAAUGGCCGGAUAUUCCAGUACAACCUCAGUCGCCUGGGCUCCAAGGCACCGGGUGGCACUGGGCUAGAAUUCGUACAGAUGCGUGAGGACUCUCGUCAGAUCAACACGCUCGAUAUCAACCCACAUCGAAAUACCUGGCUUCUUUCGGGCAGCCAGGACGGAAUCGUGAGAUGUUUUGAUACAAAGAACCCAGUCUCCAAUCGAACUGGCCAAGCAACAUACCGCGCCUUUCAGGCUUUUAAGUGUAACGCGGAAGGGAUACGGGAUGUUGCGUGGUCUCCAAAGGAUGGCAUGGUCUUUGCCUGCGCAACUGAAUCCGGUGCCGUCCUCAAAUGGGAUAUACGGAAACCCAACGCGCCACUAUUGAGAAUCAAUGCCCAUGACCCUACGAGAGGAGCGACAUCCAUCGCCUGGCACUUUGACGGCGUUCGUCUUCUGAGCGCAGGUCUCGAUAGUGCCUGUCAUAUCUGGGAUGUCUCUGAAACUGCUAGCAAGAGACAAAAGCCCAAAUGGAGCAUCACAACGCCCGCCCCUAUUUCUUCAGUAGCUUGGCGACCACCAUUGUGGUCAGCCACUGCGAGGGGUAAGAGAGCAGCGCAGAUCGCCGUCUCCUAUGUCGACGGGCCAACCAAAGGAUAUGGCAUCAGCCCUGUGCAUAUAUGGGACUUUGGCCGUCCAACCAUGCCUUUCAAGGAGAUCGACCGCUUUGAUUACUCACCCAGUGCAUUGCUAUGGCAUGAUCAAGAUCUUCUUUGGACCGCUGGGGCUAACGGGUUCGUCCAAUGCGAUGUAGCCUAUGCUCCCAAAGUCAUUGAUCGCAAAGCACCCUCUUGUCUCGCGUUCUCUCCUACCGGCGACGUGCUCAUGGUUUUGGAAGAGCGCACCCAACCUCGCAGGCCACAUCCCACGAUAUCCACCCACGACAUGUUGCCAACUUCCUCUUUCAGCUCUAGUCCAAAUGCGCAGGGGUUAAGUCAUAGUCGAAGCGACUCAGAGGAAGAUGUCGUUGGCAGCUUCUUGGGACCAUCGACGACCGGAAGCCAGAGGUCACAAAACUCCAGUCUUCGUCCCGCAGCAGCAGCAUUGAGUUCAACGCCACCUUCAGGGUCCAUCAACGAUGAACCAACCAUACCCCUGGAACAAUCAAUCGCAAUCACCAAGGGGUUCAAGCCCAACCAGGUGAUGGCUAUUGGGCAGGCCGCCCCGCCUCUGAAGACGAGGCAUUACCAGUUCCUCUCACACCAUUAUCUGACCUGUCUCCUCUUGGACUUACCAUACGGCCCGGGCAGGACUUCCCUUGACCUUCGUGUCUGCGGUAUCAUGGAACACUACGCACGAGCUGCUGAGAGUGUUGGGCAGCUUCGUCUUGCUCAGACGUGGCGUAUCCUAGCCCAGGCGUUUUCUGCGCUCUUGAAACGGCGAGCGCAGUAUCACCUCGAAGUACGAAUGGCCAAACGCAAGAAUUCAAAGUCUCCGUUGCUGAUCAGUCGAGGGGAUUCCAAACUUAAUCUUCAGAAACUUGUGAAGCCAGCGCCGCACGAUGUGGGAGGUGAUGAGACACCAAGAAAGGCUUCCUCAAUUCGGUCGGCGGAUAACCGUUCGAGCCUCGGCCAUUCAUUUUUAUUGGGCGAUGCUGAAAGUGAAUCCAAUGUGCCAACACCUAUCGCCCGGCCUGUUAGGGAAGAUGUCCCCGAGUCCCACCAAUUCGUGCCCGGUAAGGUUUUGACGCCCGUCCAAGAAUUGGACAGCUUCAGAUUGCCGCCGGCAUUCCACAGAGACAUUGUUCAAACGAGUCCGAGGAAAAGGCAUGAUUCAGCACCGUUGUCUGAUGCAAGCCACAACUCUCAAAUUUCCAGCACAGAGGGUUAUGACUUUUAUGAUAUUGAAGCCGCAGAAGAGAUACCACAUGCUAUUGAUGUUCCCAAGAAGAAGGAACCGCUGUCUUUGGAUUACGUGGAGCCUCGAGCUUCAAGCAGCCAAAGACGCCAGCCAAUCAGACACGAUUCCGAAGAGAGUUUUGGUCAAAUGUUCUCAGUAUCGGAUGGAAACAGGAUUCCUACCGCAGGCAGCUCCGUUGCAAACAGCAUGCAACAUGAUGCAGGACGACCCGAUGCAACAAUUGGCUCUAGUACAUCUUCUUUGGAUGAUUAUCAUAGUCGAAUCCGAGGCAAGCAGAUUCUCGACUCACCCGAAGAGUCAGGCAUCAGCGGUCCACAGAGUUUACAACAGGCUGAUUCGGCUGGAUCUCAGGAGAUCUUCAUGAUUUCGCAAACUACCGUAGACAGCGUCGAAAGCCAAGGAUCUCAGCUAGAGUUCCAUGACUUCUCCCAGCCAUCUCUGGAGCUUUCUCCCAUUGCACCAAAGGUCAAGCAACCACAGUCUCCCCGCAACAAGUCACAUGAUCGAGUCCCUUCAGAGCAGCCAGAGGAAAACACAUCGACUACCAUUACCGAAACGGAUUACAUGCCUUGGGAUGAUGAUCCUCCAUAUCCGUUCCCGCUAUCCACAGAAGUUGAGAAUAAAAUCACCGCUCCAUCACUAAGACCAUAUGAGCUAUUAUCACGGGUGCUGGAGUAUGAAGCUCAAAAUUCUGCGCUAAAUGCAUCCGCCAUCAUCCUCCUUCUUCGGCCGUUGGUUCCAGCAGAGAUUAUUGAUUCUCACAUGGCCACUGCGAUAUUGCGGCACCACCACGACCGUCUCAUGAAGCAACAAUUCUUUAUUGAGGCUGCAUUGCUACGCAACCUCUGUGUAGUUGAUUGGCCGGAUGGUAUGGAGGUUUGGGGGGAUAAUUACACUUCCAUCUUCUUCCCAGCACAAGACCCUCAACGAGUCUCGGCUAGCUUCUCAUGUCCCAACUGCCACAAGCCGCGCGAGAUCAACCGGAACAGCGACCUUGGGGUCUGGAAAUGUGAGAGGUGUGGAUACACGAUGGGGCCUUGUGCUGUAUGUAAGCAUAGGGAUGCUACCGUGGUUUCGCAUCCACCAAUCCCACUUACCAAGGGAGUUGCACAGAGGCGGUCAACAGGAGACGAUUCAAUUUUGUCUACUUGGUGGUAUUGCCCAGGCUGUAAGCACGGUGGCCAUGCAGCUUGCAUGGAAGGCUGGCAUGCACCGGUCCCCUCUGAUGACGUUAAUGGCGACGAGGUUCACAUUGGCACGCCUGGCUUCUUAGGCAAUGUUACAGGGGAGGCCUUCAGUGGAGGAUGCUGCCCAUUGGAUGGCUGCGGCCAUGCAUGUCUUCCUGGCCCAUGGCGAGACAUACUAGGCAAUCAACAGAAGGAGCCACUGGAGCGAAAAGUGCGAGAGCAAACCAGAAGCACGAUUCCAUUAUUGCAUCGCAACGAUCAGAAAAUGGAACCCGAGAGUGAAUUCAUUGGGUCAGCUCCUGCUGUGAUUGGUGGAGUGCGUGGCGAUGGUCUCAUUGUUUCACAGAGUCGAGCAGUAGAGGGGGUACGGGAGGCUCUCAAAGCCUCUGACCUUGGAAAUGGCAACCUCGCAGAAGACGGCAACCGAUUCUCACGUGCUGCCGGCGGUAUUCUGAGUGUGCUUGGUACUAGUCCAGGUCGUUCAAGCAGCCAGGGAUCUCCAGUUGUCGGGAGCCAAAACAGUCGUGCCAACGAUCGUAGCGAGAGAGAUAAGAGGAAAAGUGUCAAGUUCGUAGGUGCCACCGAUGAGCGGCGUUAG